GACUUCGAAAUCGAUGUCGUCGGUUUUCUCGCCAUACUAGGAGAGGGCUCUAUCGGUGCAAAUGCGCAUAUCAUCACAUUCACUAAGUGGUGUUUGAUUCCACGACUUUUGCCAGCGCCUCAAGUAUUACUGCCGGCGCAACGACCAGAGAAUCUCAAGGUCAAGGAAGCCUAUGUCACAGCAGUGGAAUCUGGAAAUAUUUCGGCAUGUAUCAACCACGUCGCACAUGUCUUGAUCGACGCCGAGGAUAUUCAAAGGAACGAGACUCGGUGUGUUCGGAUUGUCAGAAAUCCUGAGCAUCCGGACAGACCUAUUCGACCCAAAAGACUGAGUCCACUUCUGGCUGUGAAUUUGCUUGGCUGUGGUUGUUCUGUCGGUCUUUUCGUCGCUUCGGUGGUGCUUAAUGACGGCAUGUCCAUGCUUGCAACGUUAUGUUUAUCCUUUCUGUCGACCUUGACAGGUGUCGCGAACCACUGGGAUCUCGUUGCCAAAGAUCCGGCAAUACAGCCAAAGCCCGACGAAGUGCUACCAAGAGGAGAUUUGGUAGUGCGAUAUCCCAACGGAUCGUUCUUGGUCGUCAAAUGCAACGAGCAGGUCGCAAGAGAACUCUAUUUCACUCGCGAAGAUAUAAGAUACACCAUGGUGCAAAGACGAGGCAUCUACCGAACUAUCUCGCUUACCGGUACACUUCUCUUAAUGCUCGGAGUCAUUUUCCUGGCCAAUGCUACAAAGGCUCUCCAAUUAGCCUGGGCCGUCAUCUACGUUCUCCUAAACGCUGCAUACUGGUCAUUCGCCGCCCUACCAAAACGCUACCACUGGGACCUUGACCGCUACAAGGUCACAGAAAUCGGUAUCGAGCGACCAAACUUCAACGACAAUCGCUUCACAGAUGCUCUAUUCAAAGCUGUCCUGUUUGCGCAAGGAGCAGACUGGGCCAGGAUCGGUGAAGCAGCUGCUCCUAGAACCAAAAUAUGGGAUGAUUGGCUA